UGCGUUUUGCUAACCAUUGUAGCUUGACAUUUAAUUUGCCUUCAAUCUAAUUAAUUUGAACUUGUUUCUUUCUUUGUUUGCAGAGUCAGGCUUCUCGAGAGACAUUGCAAUGUAGGUCAAAUUACAUAGCAACGCAUGUGCAGUGUAUAAUCUGUUCAUAUGCCAUCGUGCUUUUCUUUGACAGUCAAUUCUAAUGGAUCAUAAUGGCUUACAGAUUUAACGGUAAAUACUUCUAUACAGUGGCUCAGUGUAAGUUAAAUCCUCUCCUUGUCUCCAUAAAAGUUAAGACAGCAUGUUGAUAAUUAAAAUGUUCAAGCGAAAUACAAACGGGCACAUGGUGUACAUAAUGUUCUUCAAGAGGAUUAAAACAGAUGGUUGAGUAUGCGGAUAGCUGGGCUCACCAGGGGAAUUGCAGCUAUAGUAAUAUACUGGGGGAGGGGGAGGGCGAGAUUCAAUCCACCACCCUUACUUUGUGGAGAUGUAAAAUUAUAAGAAUCCCGUGUCAAAACGUAAAUCAAUUCCAAUCGGGUUUGUAAAUAUUUAGGCAUUAUUUCCCCCAUAAUUUUAAUGGAUUUCUCGUUACACGUUUCUGCUGAAAAUAUGGUUUUUAUUCGCUGCGUUACGUCGUUCCUUGUGCAUGAAGCACGCCUGACAACUCCACGCACAUGUUGGAUUGACACACUGAAAAUAAUGCAGCAUGGCUGCAGCAAGCCCAGCCUGACAGCACAUGACUCGUACUUAGACCAACGCCAAACAUACAACUACCACUAAAAGCGAGGUUAAUGCAGUAGACCGCACCACGUCCGCUCCUUCCCCACGUGCUUUUGACAGGAUUUAAUGCACGGUCCAUGUUUUUGUUAUUAUUGUGCAUCCCUUCCCCCCACCCCCCAACCUCGGGAUGUCGUCGACUUGCCAACUAGCCGACCAAUCAGCGCCAGGCGAUAACCUGAGUGACAUUCUCGCUCUUCCAAUAGGAGCUGGCGGCAGCUCAAAUCACGCGCUCAGGCCAAGAGGGUGACGCAAUGUAUUUCAACCCGUCAACCUAACCUGGUAGUGCGGCCCCCUUGGUGACGCACGCGAUCGGCGGUCUUCCAUUCGGCCAAUGAAGUGGGUGGGUACGGCCGCUGCCUUCCCCACCGGAGGAGAGUGCGAGCGGAGGGGUCCAAUGAGCGCCGGACGGGGGCGGGGCGAGCGCGGUAGUAAAGCUGGGUUACGCUGCUCUGGCGUCUGUAACUUUGUAUCGUCGGGAGGGACGGCCAGAGAAAGAGAGAGAGAAGGGGGAAUAUGAGUCUGACUCUGCCUUGUCAGAGUGGGAGGAGAAGCGACAGCGAGGCGGCAGUGAACGUGGAGUUCGGCGCGAGCCAGCUGGUGACCAGCGAGUGACCGUGCGCGUGCCCCCAGGUGGGGGGGUGGGGGGCGAGGGCUCGAGGCCAGCAGUCGGUGCGCAAGCGGGCGGGAGGGACCGGGCGACCCACAGGAGCCUUUUAAACCCUGCACGGAAUUAUUAACCCCUUCCCCAUCUUUUGAAGAAAAGCAUCUCGGCAGUCAAAAGACAGGGGUGGUGGGAGGAGGAGGAGGAGGGGGGAGCUCCGGGCAGAGAACAGGAGGGUAGAGGCGAGUUUGUGUUCCGCGGUGACACGGACUCGCGAGUUAGCGACCGUGUCAAGAUGGCAGCGGCGGCAGUCUGCUGAGUGCCCUGGCCGAGCCUUCUAAUUCUCCCCCCUCACUCGCUCACUCAGUGCAGCCUUCAUAGAGUUUGAACCCAGUCCCCCUGCGGUUACACGGAGUGGUGCGGUGGCCGAGUACGGCGUCCCGAGGCGGUUUCAGCCCCUAGCACCCGCUCUUGCAUCUCCCCUCAGUCUCGCCCCCACCAACCUUCUCCGAGCUCACCGCUGGCCGAGCGCAGAUCAUGGCCGAGGGGGCCGCUCCCGCUCCGGCCCCGUUGGACAUCGAUCCCGACUUCGAGCCGCAAACCCGUCCCCGCUCCUGCACCUGGCCCUUACCCCGACCCGACUUGCCCGGCUCUUCGUCUGCCUCGGGCAAGAAUGAUGCCGGGCCCGAAGCGGCGGAGAUGAUACCCGAGGAAGAGGAGGACAUCGACGAGCUGGGCAGCACUGAGUGCGGCUUGCUGGCCGUCCCGGGACUGGGCGGCGGAGAGCUGGAGCCGCAAGGGGUUGAUGGGCUGAAGCAGCCGGCGGGGACGAGCGGACGACCGCGGGGAUCUUGCUCUCCGCCGCCGUCCUCGAUUACAGUCAGCGGCUCCGGCAGCGCCUUCAUGGUAGCGGGGACGACUGUUGGUAGUACGGCCGGGUCGCAGCAUCGCAAAGCCUCGUCCCGUAGGAACGCCUGGGGCAAUAUGUCGUACGCGGAUCUGAUCACGAAAGCCAUCCAGAGUUCGGCGGACAAGAGGCUGACGCUAUCACAGAUCUACGACUGGAUGGUCCGCUGCGUGCCCUACUUCAAGGAUAAGGGCGACAGCAACAGCUCGGCCGGCUGGAAGAAUUCAAUUCGCCAUAACCUUUCACUACAUAGCAGAUUUGUCAGAGUACAGAAUGAAGGUACAGGCAAAAGUUCUUGGUGGAUGAUCAAUCCAGAUGGUGGAAAAGGUGGGAAGUCUCCACGAAGGCGUGCUGUUUCCAUGGAUAAUAAUAACAAAUACGCAAAGAGCAGAGGUAGAGCAGCAAAGAAAAAGGCAGCCCUGCAAGCAGCACAAGAAACUAAUGCUGAAAGUCCAUCGCCACACACAAAAUGGCCUGGAAGCCCAACAUCUCGCAGCAGUGAUGAAUUUGAUGCAUGGACAGACUUCCGUUCUCGUACUAACUCAAAUGCUAGUACCUUGAGUGGACGACUUUCUCCUAUCUUAGCCAAUCCUGAACUUGACAACGUUCAAGACGAUGAUGCGGCUCCUUUGUCUCCCAUGCUGUACGCUAGUUCAUCCAGUGUUUCCCCAACUACAAAUAAACCAUGCACUGUUGAGCUCCCUCGGUUAACUGACAUGGCUGGAACCAUGAAUCUGAAUGAUGGAUUGACAGAACAUUUGAUGGAUGAUUUACUGGACAAUAUUACUCUAACACCUACUCAACAAUCAUCACCUGGGAGUCUUGUGCAGAGAAGUUCAAGUUUUACUUAUGGGUCAAAGAGUUCUGGUUUAGGUUCCCCGAACAGUUUCAGCAAUUCCAUAUUUGGGCCACCUGCUUUGAAUGCUUUGCGGCAAACUCCCAUGCAAACUAUUCAAGAAAACAAGCAAGCCACAUUUUCUUCCAUUUCUCAUUUUAGCAACCAAACUUUACAAGAUCUACUUGCCUCUGAUUCUCACAGUGACGUUAUGAUGACUCAGUCAGAUCCUCUGAUGUCUCAGGCAAGUUCGGCAGUGUCUUUGCAAAAUUCGCAUAGAAAUCUGAUCAUUCAUAAUGAUCCAAUGAUGUCAUCCUUCACUGCUCAGUCUAAUCGGACAAACCAUAAUCCACUGCAUAGCCAGUCUCCAUCUCAUACUUCUGCACUUAUUGGUGAUAGUGCCUUGUCAAACUCCAUGAAUCAUGCAGCUUUACCAACAGAUUCUAAUAAUGUCUCCACAAAACACCAGCUUCACUCAUCUGCCAAUCGGUCUAUGCAAAUAGGAUUGUCUGAUGCACUUUCUGGCCCUUCCUGUCCUGGUAGCAUGACUCUUCCAGCUAUAGGACAAGACAAGUUUCCUAGUGACCUGGACUUAGAUAUUUUCAAUGGGAGUUUAGACUGCGAUGUGGAAUCCAUCAUUCGUAAUGAACUUAUGGAUGCAGAUGGGUUCGAUUUUAAUUUUGAUUCACUCAUAUCUGCUCAGAGUGUUGUGAAUUUGAAUGUGGGAACUUUCACUGGUCCUAAACAAACAUCAUCACAGAGCUGGGUUCCAGGCUGAAGUUGCCUUUUACUGGUGGAAGCAGGUUAGUAAACUGAAUCGUUUUUGCCAAAUCUGCUAUCAUCAAGAUAACAUUGGAUUUUAGCAAGUUUUGACAGCUGUGAAUCUGACAUCUUCAUCUGCAAUGGGACAGUUCCUGGAAUUUCAUCUCAAUCGACAUGAAAGAUGUUAUACAAUUUACAUUUUAAAUGAUUUUAAAGUGUUUAAAAAUUACACAAACUGUACAGUUUCUCCUGCAUCCCAUUAUAUUUAACUGUAUAUAAAUUGUUGAUUAAUACGGGUUGGUGCAUAAUUUUAAUUUUAUUUGAUAAGCGCAUCUGCCUAUUGUCUCCAUUGUAUUAGGAUGAUUGAAAUGAUGAUAGAAUGGGUCUAAUGAGUAGUGCCAACAAAAGCAAGGAUAUUAAUGAGACAAUUUACACAUAAACUGAUGAAAUGAAGUGGGACAAAUUUGGUGUUGUCAGAACGCCAGAAGACUUUAAAGCAGAUGAUUUUUAAAAAAUCCUUUUUAACGUAAUACGCAAUUGAUUAAUUGGCAUUUUUAAAUAACUUGAAACUGCAUGAGCUUAUUCAGUGUUGAAGUGCUGGUUUGAAUGGACACCUCCAGUUUAUGAUCUAACUUUAUCUGGUCUUCUGUAAUAGGGUUGCAAAAAUAUCUGGUUUAGAGAUGAGGUUGGUGAUUAAAAAUACAUUCGUGUGUUGACAUUUCACUUAGCCUCCGUAAACCAGACCAGUGCUAUGUAUAGACCAAUCUUGUGAGAAAUUGAUGGAAAGUUUUUUUUGUGUGUGUCUACACAAUAUUACAUUCAGAGAGGAAAAAAUGCCAAAAUAAUUUUCUCUCAAAGUUGCAUGCAUUGAAAUUUUAAUAUAUUUACAAGAUUGGACAGCUUUCUCUAUACAUUCAUCAUAAUUUUUUCCAAAAUUCUUAUACUUUUAAACAAAAUAUCAUCCUCCCCAUUCUGAGUACAGAUUGAUUUAAUAUAACAAAUUGUAUCACCAGUUAACAAGCUGCCUCCCUUUUGAACAGAAUCAUCAAUGGUCAGCUUUAAUGUGGUCUAUUUUCGGUAGGUACAUUUAUACUUAUAAAGUAAAUUGUUUUCAAUAAUGUAUUUCGGUAUGACAUUUGUACAUUUAUUGAAAGUUUUAUUGUACUGUGUACCCUUGAUCACCUUUUUGAAAUGUUUCUAUAUAAAUAUACAGCAGCUCAGAUUGCACCAAUUUAUGCAUAUUUCUUCAACUAAUGUGGAAGAUUUUUCUCUUUAUACAAUAGGGUAAUGCACAUUUAUAUUUUACUAUGUCCAGAGACAAAUCAUUAUGCAUGAUUAUUUAGUAGUAAAUUAGCAAUUUGCUUCAACUCAUUGCAUGAAAUUCAAGACCAUCGUGGUCAUUGAUGUCAGUGCUCCUGGGGAGUGAGCAGUGAUGAAACUCUAUUGUAUAACUUACCUGUCUCUCAUAAAUGAAUUCUUGUCUUUUCAUCAUGGAAGUCACCUGAAAAGGUGUGCUAUAUGCUAUUGUAUUUGUACAAUGAUAGCAUAUCAGUUAUGGCUGUUGAAUUGCUUUCAUCAAAUAUAAAUGAAGUUUAAGGUAGUAUAUUCAUUCCUUUCAUUUAGCAAUAUUUUUAACCUCUUGCUCCUUUUUUUUAAAAAAAACUUCUGAAUCGGGUAUUCAGAGAGAAUUCUAUUCCUGCCAGUUUUCAUAGCCACGUCGUAGAAAAGUAAUUAAAAAGACUCAAAUUUCUGCUGAUCCCUUUGGAGUCUUAGUACAAAUCAUCAUCCAGGUCUGAACAUGUAGCAAAUCUUGGGUUAUAUCUCAGGAUAUGGAAAUGAAAUUGCAGUGAUUUACUAUAUCACAGUAUAACAAUAUUUAUGUAAGCCCUUUUGUGGUUUGUAUAAAAUUAAUGGGAGUGAAAUAUAGUGAUUUUAUUCUUUAGAAAUUAAAUAAGUCCUAAUGAUUGGAACUUCUACAACUCAAAUCAUUCAUACAUGAGCCAAUUUGCUGAAUUCACCUGUGCACUGCACAUUAAUCAGGUUCUAUGGCAUAAUUGUUGUUUCGCUCCAGAAAAAGGCAAGUGGUAUGUUAGCUAUCAGUUAAAUCUAUUUGAUUUAAUGCAACUUUUAUGUAACUGCCGCAAUUCUGUUUUCUGAAACAAAUCAUGCAGUUUUUAAUUAAGUCUGUCCACUUUUCAUUUCUGCCUGCUCCUGUUGUUCAGAAUCAUGGUGUCUGACACUGAUUAAAACUGAGCUGGGAUAUCCUGUAUUUUAUUUUUCAAGUUCAUAUAUUGGGAUGUAUAAUGUAUAUAAAAUUUAUAUUCAGAUACAUGAAUAUACUACCUUCCCUUCACCUCCUGUAAAUUUGAUAGUUUUGACAAGAAACAGAAGUUCUAUUGAACUGCAGUUUUUUAUUAAAUAAAUUAUUGGUAUGUAUUGCAAUGUACUUCAUUAAUCUGUGCUCUAGAAGAGUGCGCAUGUAAAAUAAAGCUUGAUAACACUAUGUUGAAC